GUCCACCUUUAAAGGCUGCACUAGACAAAGCUACUGCACUCCCUCCCCCAUGAGCAUCCGAGUGCCUUCCUUCCAUAAACGGAGAGUCAACAAGUGUUGCCAGAAAGACCUUUGCAACUCGGGAGCGGUGGAAUUCCCGCCCCUGCGGCUCAACCUGAAUGGAAUGCAGUGCCCUGGAUGCUUGUCAUCGGAUCCGAAAUGCCCGCCCACCGAGAUAAUCAACUGCCGAGGCUGGGAGGUCUUCUGUGUCUUCUACGAAGUGUGGGUUGAUGAGGGUGGCAGCGUCUCCACUUUUUCAAAGAGAGGCUGUGGAAAUAAGGAAUCCUGCAUGCACGAGCCAAACAUCAUAGGCGUGCCUGGACUAUUUGUGGAAACGAUCAGGAAGACAGAAUGCACUCACGCUCCCAUGCUGCGCUUCAAGUAGCUAGUCCCUCCGGAGGAAAACCGUUGAAGCUGCGACUCUGGCAAGAACCAAACCUCUGCUGAAGUGUCUCUCAGCUUUCCAGCUUCUGCGUCCAAAAGUGUCUUCCUGGGGAGGCGAUCCUCAUAGCCUCGUUGGGUGGGACAGGCAGCUCCGUUUCCUUUGUUACCCAAUCGAAGUGAAUAAAAUCCUGCCCCAAAUCAUGCUUCUUGAA